GCCGGAGUCGCAGCAGGCGGCGCCCGCGGAGGGCUGCCGGGCCGGCCGGCAGGAUGAUCCGCGCGUUCUCCUUCCCCGCCAGCCCGGAGCGCAGCCGAUUCCGCGCCUGGCUGGAAGGCACCCUGGCCGGCUUGUGCGAGCUGCACUUGCUGCGGGAGCGCCAGGAGCGCCGCGUCCGGCAGGCGUUGCGCAUCGCCGCGGAGUCGUCCGGCAAGCCGGGGAGCAGCGAGGCUGGAGGCGGCGGCGGCGGCGGCGGCGGGGAGCCUGCUCCGGAGGAGCAGCUGGAUGCCCUUCCUGGCUUGAUGUGGGAAAUGGAACAGCAGCUGGGCUUACUGCGACUGUACCCCGAGAAGACGUGUGGGGAGGCAGUCGAGACAGACAGCUGGCCUAGUUCAGGUUUCUACGAGGGUCAACAGUCAGCAGUGGCCUCCGAUUCACCGGCUUCCGGGUUUGAAGACUCCUCUUCCAGCUUCCCAUCUGCAUCCGGGUCCUAUUCCCGGAUCAGCCACCCGGAAUCCCGCCUUGGUUAUUCCAACGAGCGCCCCAAAUCUGUAGGUGAGGUAGCCGACAGCAGCACAGAGAGAGCCCACCGGAGCACCAUGCCUCGCUCCUUCUCAGCCCCCUACGCCACUCCCCAAGACCACCCUGCUGACAAGCUGCCCGCCAGCUUCCCUCCGGACCCUUUCCUGUACCCCAGCCCCCUGCACGCGGUGGCCCUGCAGAGCCCUUUCUUCCAGAGCCCACUGUACGAGGACCCCGCCUUCUCCUCGGCCACGUCUCAGGCCUUGUCCUACCCGGCGGACCCCGACGGCAGCCUGGAGGCCUACGGCAACGAGUUCCAGCUCUACUCAGAGGCAGCCUCGCAGGGCCAGCGGGUGGAGAGCUACAUCUCGCGCCUGCUCCGCCGCCGCAGUCAGCUGGUGAGAGGCAGCAAGCCCCGGACGAGCCUGGGCUCGGAGCCGCCGGCCAAGGGCAGUGUGGUCCGGCAGGGCAGCCUCUGCAAGAGGCCCACCGAGCUGCUCUCCCUGCAAGCUGAACGCCGGCACCCCCCGGCCGUGGAGAGGGGCAGCAGCACUCCGUCGCCCUGCGGCCACGAGGGGGGCGCGGCCAUCGCCACCACCCGCGUCUGGUCCUCCUGGGAUGCUGCGGCUGAGAGGACACUGGCUGCCAAGGUGGCGGCCGAGGACUUUCACCUGCCUCCUUCCAGCCUCCGAAAGCCCCCCAAGCUGCAGGCGUUGGCCCAGGCCAGGCCUCCCUCCGUGGACCCCUAUGACACGGCCUACCCCUCGUCCCCUCUGCUGGACAGGGAGGAGGAGGCCUCCCAGGGAGGCAGCCAGGAGCCAGUCCCCUAUGAGUCGGAGGAGGGCGGCUGUCUGAUGGUCAAAGCGCAGUACAUCCCCGCUCAGCAGCCCCCCUGGGCCCAGCAGGCUCACCGGGCGGGCCGGAGGAAGCCCCCACCCCUGACCAAAGGCCGCUCGGUGGAACUGUCGCCAGAGCGGGUCCCUCUGCUGCUGAGGGAACGGCCACGGGUCUCGGCCCCCGCCAAGAAGUGCCGCUUUACGGACGAGGGGAGCGAGGGGGCCGGGCGGAGGGGGGCCGGGAGGAAAAGCUCCCCCAAGUCCAAGAAGGCGGCCAGGUCUCAGUCGGAAAACAGCCUCCUGAACAAGUCCAGGCUGAAAUACGGGACCGUGGAACGGGAGGAGUCGGCCCAGAAGCAGUCCCGGCAGCGCCGGUCUCACGGGAACCCGGCCAGCGGCUACCGCAAGUGGCGCUCGACGGCAGAGAUCUCUCAAGAGGAACUGUCUCCCAGGAGCACCCUGGAGCCACCGCGGGGCCAACAGGGGCCAGGCCCCGCAGGGUACGGCUAUCCGGGCAGCGAUUCUGAGUGCUCAGGCGAGCAAGCCCAGCGGGCCCCUGUGUGCCACCUGGAGGAAGGCCUUGUGGCGGGAGACAGUGAGUCCAGCCUGAGCGACGGGGACACGCCCCCGCCGUACAGCAGCGGUGCCUCCAGUGAUACAGAUGAGAGCGGCGGCCUGGUGUGGCCGCAGCAGCUCUCUCCGCAGCUGGUGUCAGCCUCCGGCCCUGGAAAAACCACCAGCGGGCAGCCCAAAGUUUUCGUCAAGAUCAAGGCCUCUCAUGCCCUGAAGAAGAAAAUCAUGCGUUUCCGCUCCGGCUCCCUCAAAGUCAUGACGACAGUGUGAGGAAGCACUGUCGGCUCCCACCACAUCCUGUUGACUCCCCAACAUUUUUGGGGGGGCUGAAAGUUCCCCUUGAAUGUGUCUCACCUUCCCUUUUGGCUGCCGGCAUCCAGUUAGGUCCCAGUCCAGGGCUGCUCAACUUUACUUCUGGGCUGGAAAGAAAAACACUGUGGAAAAAACGACGCUGCCCUUGAUGGGACCGAGGUUGGUCUCGUCUUUCCCUUCCCCAGCUGCACGAAAAUUGCUGAGACUGUGUCUUUCUGGCUCCCUUCUUGCUAACUGCAUCCAUUCUAAAAGGAGAGGUAUUUAUUAUGGUUUUGUUCCUUUUUUCUUUAAAAAAAAGAAAAAGAAAACCAGACUUCUCAGAGUCCCAAGUUUUGUUUUAAAACUCUGGAAAUUGAAUCCACCCUACUGGUCUUGUAUGCCGAUAUUUCUUCUCAGUGUGUAAAUAAAAAUCCAUGAUUUUGCUU